GUUAAAAUGUUUUCCCUGCACAACUCGAGAGCCUUUCUUUUAAUAUUAUCUGCAGUAUGUGCGCUUACCAGCUCCAUUCAUUCCCAGCCAACCUAUAAUGACCACAUUUGUUUAGAUCAAUCGAAUGAAACCUACAACACCUAUUACCAAUCCAACCUCACGGUGCUGUUGAAGUCGUUAUCAUCUAAAGCUUCCCAAAACUACAGCUUCUACAACGAAAGCUCAAGUAUAGGCAUCUACGCCCUCUUCCUCUGCAGAGGUGAUGUUUCUAAUAGUACCUGCCAAAGCUGUGUAAGCUACGCGACCCGAAAUAUCACAACUCAAUGUCCAUCUAACAAAACUGCUAUCAUAUGGUUCGAUCAGUGCAUGUUACGCUACUCCGAUCUUAAUUUCUUUGGACAGACGCAGAUAUCGCCAAUGUCGCUCAUGUAUAAUACCCAGAAUACUACUACACCUGAACUAACUAAUUUUUACGCACUUGGUCUAUUGUACGAUCUAAUAGAUCGUGCCAAGGUAACUGAUAUGCUGUUCAAGAGUGAUAGUCAGACAGUGCAGUUGAGUGAUGGGUCCAAGAUAAGUUAUGGGUUGGUGCAGUGUACAAGAGAUAUCGAUGGUCCUUCGUGUGGCCAGUGCUUAAGCAACUUGAUGGAUACAGCCGAGACAUGUUGCCAAGCCAAGAUAGGGUGGCGCAUUUUAAGCCCAAGUUGCUUUCUGAGGUAUGAGAACUACUCUUUCACUGAGCAAUCACCAGCAAAGCCACUGCCGCUGCCACCAGCCCAAUCCAUGCCUGCAGCAACACUGCCGCCGACUGUUAAUGGCGGAAAGAAGGCAAAAAAGAUCGUAAUCAUUACUAUAUCAUCAGUUGCAUCAAUUGCCGUAGUUGCAGCUCUCUUGGGUUUCUGGUAUUAUUCAUCCUUUGGCAGGAGGAAAAGACAAGAUGGAAUUAUAAGCCAAGAAAUUUCAUUACGCAAUAAUUUAGCAGGUUCAUUUUCAAUACACUUAAUGGACAGUAGUAUCUAUGGAAAUGACAAUGACAACAGAGGAGAAAUCUAUUACUUCAAUUUAAUUACCAUAUUGGCUGCUACAAACAAUUUCUCCGAUGCCAAUAAGCUUGGGGAAGGUGGUUUCGGCCCAGUUUACAAGGGCAAGUUGAUUAAUGGAAAGGAAAUAGCAGUUAAAAGACUUUCAAUGAAAUCCAAACAAGGUCUUGAAGAGUUCAAGAACGAAGUGAUUUUAAUUGCAAAACUUCAACACAAGAAUCUAGUGAGGCUCUUGGGAUGUUGCUUAGAAGAAGAUGAAAAGCUUCUAGUCUAUGAAUACAUGGCCAACACUAGUCUCAAUGCCUUCUUAUUCGAUCCAGACAAAUGUAAGGUUCUAGAUUGGGCUAAACGCACAAACAUAGUCAAUGGGAUUGCUAAGGGCCUUCAAUAUCUACAUGAGGACUCUUGGCUGAAAAUCAUCCAUAGGGAUAUGAAAACAAGUAAUGUGUUGUUGGACGAUGAGAUGAACCCAAAGAUAUCAGAUUUUGGUACUGCUAGAAUUUUCAGGAGCAAUCAAAUACAAGCCAACACUAUCAGAAUUGUGGGUACAUAUGGAUAUAUGGCACCAGAGUAUGCAAUGGAGGGGCUAUUUUCAAUAAAGUCCGAUGUUUACAGUUUCGGAAUUUUAAUGCUGGAAAUUGUAAGUGGAAAAAAGAACAGUGACUUCAAUCAUCUAGAGCAUGCUCAUAGCCUUCUGUCAUAUGUAUGGCAACUAUGGAAUGAAGGAAAAGGAGUGGAAUUGAUAGAUCAGACCAUAAUUGAUACUUGUCCUAUAAGUGAGGCUCUAAAAUUGAUCCAUAUCGCAUUGUUAUGUGUUCAAGAAGAUCCAAAUGAUAGACCUACAAUGUCAAGGGUCAUUCUCAUGCUUGCAAGCAAAUCAAUAAAUCUUCCUCAGCCAUCGGCACCUCCAUUUUCUGUUGGUAGGUUAAUCAUAUUUGAUCAAUCUUCAACAAUUGGCACUGGAACUGGAAUGGGAUUAGUCACAUCUGAUCAAUCUUCAACAAGUGCUUCUAGCUAGUGAAGAGAUUAACCGGAGCAUGCUAUUCAACAAGUAUUUCAUUUUCGUACAAAUAUGGCAGGUGAGGAAUAAUAGCACUCGUAUAAAUAUACCCUACUUCUAUUCUUGUACUAAUUCUUACAGUUUAAAUAUAUUUGCAUCCGCACGGGAAUUAGAUUGAAUUGGUACAUAUACCAAAUUAUGGAAAACAAAACACGGAGGAGUAGUGCUAUAUCAUCAGAGAUUUUUAUGAAAAAUAUACCUAAUGUAUAUGUAUAUGUAAGUAGCCUCUAUACUGAGAAUUAAUUUCUAUGCAUUUGAA